GGAGUAGGAAGGAUCGGACCAAUGUGCAGCGUGAGGCCAUUACAGAUAAACUGACCAAAUGACCUCCGGUUCCUUCUUCCAAGAAGAGGAUUUCCUCUGUCCCGUGUGUUUUGAUAUCUUCAGGGAUCCCGUGGUUCUCCCUUGCAGCCACAGUGCCUAUCCAGUGACUCUGGACCCCAACACGGCCCAUCCAGACGUGCUGCUGUACCCCGAUAUGGUCACAUUCAGAGCCAGAAACUCUGGGGAGAGAGAAGAGAUGGAGACGCCAGUUCCUGACACUCCAGAGAGGUUCAACCUCUAUGAAGGAAUCCUGUGCUCUGAGGGCUUUGAUUCGGAGACACACACCUGGGACGUGGAAGUCAGGAAUGAAUAUCUUCAGAGAUUCGGCUACAGCCGUGACUGGGCCCUGGGGGUGGUGGAGGAGUCUGUGUCCAGGAAGGGCGUGAUAGAGAAGGGAGGCUGGAGAUUAGAACAACAUGGAGGAGUUUACACCGUACGCUCCGUCCCCGAACCUCCCAUCACCCUCUCAUUGAAGCUGAGCCCUCGAGGAUCAGAGUGACAUUGGACUGGGACGGAGGAACGCUGACCUUCUCUGACCUUCUCUCAUUGGACUGACCUUCUCUGAUCCACAUUACAAGGAACAUCUCCACACGUUCACACACACCUUCACAGAGAAAGUCUUUCUGUAUCUGAGCAGUGGGUGUAAAACCUUUACUUUGAGGAUCUUACCAGUGAAGAUCUAUGUAGCAGCUGAA